AUGAGCUCGUUUGCGAAACUCUCCACGAAGAAUAAUUACAGCAGCAAUGCGAACAAGGAGAACAAGGAGAACAAUGCGCCGGCGCGCAAGCAUGAGAACCCCCAGCAGAAGCAGAACAGGCGGCCGAUUGUGCCGUUUCGGAGGAAGGAUCGUAUAUUGUUGAUUGGAGAGGGCGAUUUCUCCUUCGCGCACUCCCUAGCCACGCAUCACCGCUGCAGAAACCUAGUCGCCACAUGCUACGACUCCAAGGAAGCUCUCUACGCCAAGUACCCGCAAGCAGAGAAGAACAUCGCUGAGAUUAUCGACUCCUCAAAGACGAAGAUGAAUGCAAAAUCGAAGUCGAGCGAUGAUGCCACCGAGCCCAAGAGCCCAACAAGCCCGAAGGUGCUCUUCUCCGUCGACGCGAAGAAGCUGGGUUCUGUACCUGGGGGUGGGAAGGAUAUUCGUGUUGGCUUCCCCAAAAAGGAGCGCAAGAGACCUGUUUGGAAGAAAGAUGAGGGGAAUAAGAGGAGUACCCGGUCAGCGAAAGCCAGUGGAGACAAGGCGAAUCACAAGGAUCAGGACUCAGACAAGGACAAAAGAAAGGAUGGGCCGUGGGAUAUGAUCUGUUUCAAUUUCCCGCAUGUGGGUGGGAUUUCGACGGAUGUGAAUCGGCAGGUUAGAGCAAACCAGGAGCUUCUGGUUGCGUUCUUCAAGGCGUGUAUGCCACUUUUGGCGGGGAGACCCAAAGAGUUGAACGAGGAUGAGUCUGAUGAGGAGUGGGGGUCCGAAACAGUUGACGAGGAUGAGUCUGAUGAGGAUGACGGCAAUAAUGAUGAGAAGGGCACCGUCAAGGCGGGAACCGAGCGAAGGACGGAACCUGGCCAGAUUGUGGUUACGCUGUUUGAAGGAGAGCCUUACACGCUGUGGAAUAUUAGGGACCUCGCACGACAUGCUGGUUUAAGGGUUGUGACGAGCUUUAGAUUUCCCUGGGCGUGUUACCGUGGAUACUCGCAUGCGCGAACUUUGGGGGAGAUUGAAGGGAAAGAUGGUGGAAGAGGGGGAUGGCGCGGUGAGGAUAGAGAGGCGAGGAUGUACGUGUUCGAGGCCAAGAAGGAUGACAAUCCGCCUGGGACCAGUGGAAAGAGGAGGAAGAGAUCAGCGGCCACGGAUGACUCGGAUAGUGAUUAG